AAGAAAAGCAUCAAAACCUGAACUUCUUGGAACUUUGGACUUGCGAAUCUAGCCUGGAGAUAUACUCACAAGAAGCCUUGAGAUGAAGAUCCGUGUGGUUCAGAUCUGGGGUUUCCUCAUGACCGUUCUAGGCUGGAUUUUCAUAGCUUGCACUAUGGCCAUGGAAGGCUGGAAGAUCACGUCCAUCGGGGGCAUGGGCGGCUCCUCCAUCAUCAAGGUGGCUUGGUACUGGUCCAGCCUGUGGAGAAGCUGUUUUACAGACUCAACUGCUGUCAGCAACUGUUACGACUUCCCUGUUCUUUGGUCUGUUGAGGGCUCAAUCCAGAUAGUGCGAGGCCUGCUGAUGGGGGCUCUUUCCCUUGGGAUGCUUGGAUUUGUGCUAAGCCUGUUGGGGAUGGAGUGCACCUUCAUCGGGGGGAAAGAUCCGUCAAAGUACAAGAAGAUUUUUGCUGGUGGAUGCUGCCACAUUAUCGCUGGUGCGCUUUCAACAUCUGGGUACGCUGUGUAUGCACAGUUUGUCUCAGUAGAAUACUUCAACCCUGCAUUUGAUGGACUGAAGUACGAUCUCGGUACCCCACUCUUCCUCGGCUGGGUGGGCUCUGCGUUUCACAGCGCUGGCGGUUUCUUCUACCUGUGGUCCGUUUGCAAGCCGCUCUGUGGAGGGGAAGUCACAGUAAUCGUCACCCAACCUCAACCAGACCCCGAGCAAAACAAGUCCACCACAGCUCUAUCCACAGUGUCCGAGAUCACCUCAAAGACCAGGCUGUCCUCCGUGUCCGAGCUGUCGUCCCGCUCCGAGCGCUCAGACGUGUCCGGCAUCUCCUCCAGAUCCGGGCGCACUUCCAAAUCUGGACGCACUGACAAAUCAGGGCGGUCGACAAAGACUGGGCGAACCAGCAGAUCUGCGGGGUCAAGGUCUGGGUCAAGGUCGGGGACGGAAUCCGGCCGCUCUUCGAGGUCAAGCGUGACGACUCUGUCCGGGUCGAGGAGCAGCGGCAGCAGCAGGACGGUGUCGUCUUUGUCGGGGAGUUCGAGGAGUGAGACGAGACCAUUUGUGAAGAACUCUUUUAUUUGAAUAAAACAUCAUGUUAGCAUUAUUAGCAACACUUGUAUAUAAAUGUAAAGGACUUGUGAUUUGUAACAAAUAUGAUCCAUUCAUCCAGUAAAACACAUUUUUGUAUAUGAUACUUCCAUUCUGAUCAAACUGUCUCUGUGUCUUAAUGAAACAAAUAAACUCAGCCAGCCUCAUCAGGUCUGGUUGACU